CCCGCCCCUAUGGUGACUGGCAGGCCCGUCAGCCAAUCACAGCCCGCGGAGGGGGCGGGGCCUCCCGUGUUGUCCGCUGCUUUUGUCUCAACUUUUCUCGGCUGAGACUUUCUGGAUGUUUCACCUGGAGGAUCCCCGGGACCGGAGCAGAGACCGGAGCAGAGACCGGAGCUGGGACUGCAGGGACCUGCGUGCGUGUUUUAUCUCUCUUUAUUGUCCCUGUGCCUGUGUGUGUGUGUGUGUGUGUGUGUGUGUGUGUGUGUGCGCCUGUGUGUGUGCGCGCGCCCGUGUGUCGGGAAGCCCCCCUCCACCCUCCCCACCGACCCCUCUCCGCUCACCAGUCCGCCUCUCAGAGCUCCUGUCCCGGCCUCGCACACGGCCGCGCCCCGCUCUUCUCUCUCGGAGGACAAAGUGGAAGCAGGAGACCAGGUGGCGGAGCGAAGGGAGGAAGGAGGUCCGAGAAGAGGAGCGGAGUCUCGGGGAAACCUCGGAGGAGCUGAAGGACUCCAGCUUUUCUUUAGUUUUUCCACUUUUUCCUCUUUUUGAACUUUUUCUGCUCCAGUUUGAGGCGUCCAUCUUGAAACGUUUCUCCUCCGCGUGAAGGAUUUCGGCUCCUUCGUCUAACGGAGAAUUAAUCAGUUAAUCAAUACUCCGAACAAAGAGUCACUUUGUGGACUUUAAAGGAAACCUUUGGGCUCCAAUGAGGCGCGCGCGGCCGGCUGAGAGCGAGCCCAGCUGACGGUCAGUGAUCAGGGAUCGAUAGGUCUGAUCGGCUCCUGAGUGAGGCGGGGACUGAGCAGGGUUCGGGUCUGAUCGGGUCUGGAUUUGGUUGUUCCAGAGGGGAUGGAUGGUCUGCGGGGUCUGCGGGCCCCUGUGGCCCCGGGACGGGCCUCCUCCUGCGGGCUGCCGCUGCUCCUCCUCCCGCUGCUCCUGCUGACCCGCUGCGGGGCCGACGAAGAGGUGCUGAUGAACACCAAGUUGGAAACGUCUGACCUCCGAUGGACGAGCCAUCCCGCUGACGACCCAGAGUGGGAGGAAGUGAGCGGAUUGGACGACGAGUCGAACAGCGUGCGGACCUAUCAGAUCUGCACACCGGAUAGUCCGUCCGCCCAUUGGCUGAGGACGCGCUGGAUCCCUCGAAGGGCGGCGACCACCCUCUAUGUCGAGAUCCGGUUCACCAUGAUGGAGUGUUCCGGUCUGAACCAGCGUCACUGUAAAGAAACCUUCAACCUUUAUUACUACCAGUCUGACAGCGACGAGGCCACGCCGACUCACCCGUCCUGGAUGGAGAACCCGUACACCAAAGUGUCCACAGUGGCGGCCGACCACCUGCGGCGGCGCGGCGGCGAGAGGCGCUACAACGUAAAACUGCUGCGCCUGGAGCCGCUGCGGGGGGCGGGGCUCUACCUGGCCUUCCACAGCCAGGGCGCCUGCAUGGCGCUGCUCUCCGUACGCGUCUUCUACAGGAAGUGCCCGCCCCUCCGCCGCGCCUUCGCCUCCUUCCCCGAAACCAUCCCCCACUCACUGGUGGAGCAGGCUCAGGGCGUGUGUGUGGAGAACGCUGUGACUCCGCCUGGGGAGAAGUCGCAGCCUCCCAGCAUGCUUUGCGGCGAGGACGGGCAGUGGGUGGGGCAGCCGACAUCUAGCUGCGCCUGUCGCCCCGGAUACGAGGCGGGCGAGACUGACGUGCGCUGUCGAGCCUGUCCGUCAGGUCAGUUUAAGGCGGGGUCCGGACCUGGUGGGUGUGGCCCGUGUCCAUCCAACAGCAACACUAUGAUCCCAGGCUCCGCCUACUGCCUGUGUCGCCAGGGUUACCAUCGAGCUGACUCCGACACGCCGCACGCCGCCUGCACCCGCCCCCCCUCGGCUCCCCGCUCCAUUGUGAGUCAGAUCAACGACACCUCGGUGACCCUGGAGUGGAGCGAGCCGCUGGACCGAGGAGGCCGGGGAGACCUGACCUACAGAGUCCUGUGCUCCCGCUGCGGGACCGCCACCGCCACCAAGGGAUUGGUCGGUUCCUGCUCUCCGUGUGAUGACAGCGUUCUGUACCGGCCGGCGCAGCACGACCUCACUCAGCGCCGCGUCGUCGUCUGGGGGCUCCGCCCACACACCAAGUACACCUUCACCGUCCAAUCACUGAACGGCGUCUCUGCUCUCAGCCAAUCAGAGCCGGCCUCCGACAGGGUCAACGUCACCACCAGCAGAGAUGUUCCUCCCCCGGUGUCCGGCCUGAGGAGGGCGUCGGCCUCAGAGACCAGUCUGUCUUUAGAGUGGAACGUUCCAGUUCUGCAGAACCAGAUCCUGGACUACCAGCUCCGCUACAGCCCCAAGGACGGCGAGGAGGCGGGUCAGUGGCAGUACGUGUCCAGCAGGUCUUCUUCGGUGGUGCUGACGGGGCUGCAGAGGGCGGUGCAGUAUCAGGUGCAGGUUCGCGCACGCUCGCAGGCCGGAUACGGAUCGUUCAGCACCGCGAGCAGCUUCAACACGCUGCCCGAUGCUGCCGGUCACUCUCAGCUGGUGCUGACAGGAGUUCUCGUCUCCAUGGGGGCUCUGCUGCUCAUCGCCGUGGUGAUCGUCGCUGUGUACUGUUACCGGAGAGCGAAGGAUUUGGAAAUGAGCGAUAAGAGUGGACACUACCAGAUGGGACAGACGAUGAAGGUGUACAUCGACCCGUUUACCUACGAGGACCCGAACGAGGCGGUGAGGGAGUUCGCCAAGGAGAUCGAGGCGUCCUUCGUGAAGAUCGAGGAAGUGAUCGGGGCAGGUGAGUUCGGGGAGGUGUGUCGUGGUCGGCUGAGGGUGCCGGGCCGGAAGGAGAACUACGUGGCGAUCAAGACUCUGAAGGGCGGCUACACAGAGAAGCAGAGGCGGGACUUCCUGUCGGAGGCGUCCAUCAUGGGUCAGUUCCAGCACCCCAACAUCAUCCACCUGGAGGGCGUCAUCACCACUUCCUGUCCCGUCAUGAUCCUCACCGAGUUCAUGGAGAACGGAGCGCUCGACAGUUUCCUGAGGAUGAAUGACGGACAGUUCACCACCAUCCAGCUGGUGGGGAUGUUGCGUGGGAUCGCGGCGGGGAUGAAGUAUCUGUCCGACAUGAGCUUCGUCCACAGAGACCUGGCGGCUCGCAACAUCCUGGUCAACUCCAACCUGGUCUGUAAGGUGUCGGACUUUGGUCUCAGCAGGUUCCUGACUGAAAACUCCUCUGACCCGACCUACACCAGCUCUCUGGGAGGUAAGAUUCCUAUUCGGUGGACGGCGCCUGAGGCCAUCGCCUACAGGAAGUUCACGUCAGCCAGUGAUGCGUGGAGCUACGGUAUCGUCAUGUGGGAAGUGAUGUCAUACGGAGAGCGGCCAUAUUGGGACAUGAGCAACCAGGACGUGAUUAAUGCCAUCGAGCAGGACUACCGGCUGCCCCCGCCGCCGGACUGCCCCUCCUCCCUGCACGCGCUCAUGCUGGACUGCUGGCAGAAGGAACGAGCCAACCGGCCGAGGUUCUGCGACGUGGUGGCGGCCCUCGAUAGGCUGAUCCGAAACCCCGCCUCCCUGAAGGUGACGCACCAGGAGGGACCGAGCCCGUCCCAGCCUCUGUUGGACCAGCGCGUCCCCCCUCCUCUCUCGGCCUGUGGUUCGGUCUCCGAGUGGCUCCGAGCCAUAAAGAUGGAGCGAUACGAGCCGAGCUUCCUGCAGGCCGGGUUCACCAGCCUGGACAUCGUCUCCCAGCUAAACACUGAAGACCUGCUCAGAGUGGGCGUGACCCUCGCUGGCCACCAAAAGAAAAUCCUCUCCUCCAUCCAGACGCUCAGGAUACACAAGGUCCCGCCCACCCUCCUGUACUGACCAAUCACAGCCCUGCCCCGCUGUACUGUCACCCGCAGCGCUCAGGAUGACGCUGAGCCCCGCUCGCUCUUUACUGACCACCGAUCCAACCGUCACUUCGACCAAUCAGAAAGCCUUAAGACCAGUGAGACUGCGCUUCCGGAUGGUUGGACCAGUGAGAGGCAUCGAGGGAAACGGCACACCACAUGAUGUCCUCUCUGCUCUCUAAGCUUCAUAAUGUUUGACUCAGGUGCAACAGGACUCCGCCCACCUUGUUAAUCCGCCCAAUCAGAACGAGGACGCGUAGCCCAGCCUUGCCAGACCACCAGCCAUCCACAGCUCAGGAAAACCAAAGCUCCGCCUACCUUGGCCUGGUCGCCACCGGCCAGUCCGCAUCUAGCACCGCCAGGACGUAGGAGGACAUUUCUGCAGAUUUAGUUCAACAGACGCUCCUAUUGGACGUGUAAGCCGCUGCAUGAGAGCCCAGCUGGGAUUGGUUCCCGGCCCUGUCGGGUCCGCUGGGAUCUUCCCGGGCUGCAGCAUCACCUGAAAACCCCCAAAUAAAACCGCAGAUCGAGGUCUAAACUCGGAUCUCUACUGGACUCUACUGGAAAUACAGAACAUUUGCUCUUCCGUGAACUACCUUUACCGGAUCAGCUGAUGGUCAGAACUAAAGCUCCCGGACUGCGAGACCCGGGGGACAUUUCGGAGCCGCGGGUACCUCCGCUAGGAUUAUUCUGGGAUUUUUACUGAACAAUUUUGAGGAAUUCGUGAGGACAUUUUAAAGAACGCUGUGAUUCCGAACAGAUGGUUGUCUCCAUCAGCGUGGGAAUAUUUACCGCUGUGAAGCGAUCCGCGCUGUGACGCGCUGACGUGUUCUGGGUUUCAGUAUCGGACUCUCUUUGAUCUGUGAGGAACGCUCUGCCUCAGAAACCAAUGUGAAUCCUCGAGAUUUCAAGCUUUUGUGUAAAUUGUGAUGCAACAUCCUCAAGGUUUUAUCCAAAUGACUGCGACCCCCUUCACACCUGGCAUCGACACCCAGAGUGGCUCUAAUAUGACUUCAGCCUGACCACACCGGGUAUUAAUGUGCGUCUCCGGCGUCCACAUUCAGAUCCGGUCGCGGCUCAGAACAGCGGCGCGUCUCAUCCUCGUCUGGUUCGCACGGGUCCAAAACAACAACAGCGGCACAAAGCCGAGUCUUCUCUUCAUUCGUCCGCCGAGACGCCGAGUGUCCUCGCCGGCGUUCAGACUUCAUGCGCCGGCCGACGAGGCUGUAGACCUGCAGACUGACUAAUCGCUUUCUUUCCUCCGGGAUUUGGCUUCCUGUCCUCGGUGCGGCGAGGUAACAGAUCCUCCGGAGAGUGAAAGUGAAACUUAAGCAGUGCCGCUGCUAGCCAUUUUGGUGCCCUAAGCAUAAUUCCUUUAUGAUGCCCCCCACCCCGACCCCGAGAAAAAACAAAGUUUGUUUUUGCCAGUUUAACUUUUUAUUACCAAACAUAACUCAAUACCAAUAACACACAACAGCAGCAUCACAGUAUAAAACUUAAGAACACUAAAAAGAGAAAGUGAAAUCUUCACAGCUUUGCUGACUUUGUAAACAGUAAACAGAAUAGCAAAAUAAAAAAAUAUCAAAAUAAUCCAGACUUUUUUUUUUGCUAAUUCAAUGUCACUUUGAAUAAAUUAAAUUAAAUAAUCAUCAAUAAGUUCAAACAAGAAUAGUCAGUCUUCUUGUCUUCAGUCUGCUCCUCCUCGUACGUAUCUCAGCAUUGCCCCUGCAAUAAUUUAGAAAUACGAAGAAAAAGGAUCCGUAUAGAAAGAGACAAAAUAUUCAAACAAAGAAUCUUAUACCAGAAAAAUAUAAUAAACAUUUAUAACUGAAAGCAUGGCAGCCAAGCAGUUCUCCCCCUUUAUUCCUUAUUUAUCUAUUAUUAAAAAUAAAAAAAUUCUGCGUUAGAUUAAACUGAGGCAUAGCACUUGCAUAUUGUUGUCCUACUGUUAGUUUAACUGCUUCUAUUGUUCUCAUUUGUAAGUCGCUUUAGAUAAAAGCAUCUGCUAAAUGAAUAAAUAAAUGUAAAUGUAAAUCUACUCUAAUAUAAAGCAUAAUAGAAUGAGGUGCAAUAAUGCACACAAAUCAACAGUAAUGUUUGCUUUAUAUCAUUCAUAAUGACAUUUUAUAUUAUAUAUAUAUAUAUACAGUAUAUAUAUAACAGGAAUUGUUAGCCUACCAUGCGCACUGCACUGACCGCUAACUGUUAACGUUACUGAGAAAGUAUUAACCACCGUCACGUCAAAAUAAACCAUAAACUACUGCUCAAUAUCUAAAGAAAGAUAGUAAAAAAAAAAGUAACAGCUAGCUGGCGUCAGGUCAGUUAUUUUUAAAAUAUGUAAUGUUUAACAGUAAAAUCUCAAUUUAGCUUAAGUUAUAAUAACAUAGUUUGCUAAUGCUAACAUUAACGUCAGCAAGUUACGAUUAGCAGCAGCACGCACAUGCAGCACAUUUCCCGUAUUUAUGAAUGAUUAAACAUGGACUUACCUGAAAGUGAUGCACGGGCAUCAUCUCGCAGUUUCUUCUUCUUUCGUUUCUCAGCACCCGACUCCUGCUGUCUUUUUCGAGCCAUGCUCAAAUCUGUCAAACUGCGUCAGGCAGGCGCCCGCGCAACAACCGAACGGACCAUCCGCACGGGCGGGGGGACUAGACUACAGCAAUUAUUAAAUAUCUUUCUUGUUCCCCCUUUUUGUUACAUAUACAUGGCUAAAAUGUGCCUAAUAUUUCUAUAGGCUAAUAAAAUAAUACCGGCAUUUAAAAAAAAAUUUCAUUAGGCUGUUUUUGGUGCCCUACGCACAGUGCGUGAUGCGCGUGGUGGGAGCGGCGGCGCUGAACUUAAGUCCCGCCUGGCGUCGCUUCCUUCGCUGCCUUUCUUCAUGAUGUGAACUCCUUUCUGCUAUUUCACUAGUUUAUGUUGAGUUUACCUUCGCGUUCACAAACGGACGCGUUCAGCUCACCGAUCACCAUCUUUAAUCCGUGCGCACCCCUGCCUGCGGAAGGCUGCGACCGGCGCGUUUCCGCCCAGCAGUUGUUGUAUUUGGAUCGACAACGCAGUCGCAUUAACACCCGUGUUUGGCCGAUCGGACCACGUGGGUGCAUUAAAACCUGUACUGUCGUGUGGUCAAGCGUCCGAUUGCGAUCCGAUCCAAAACAUUUGAAUGGCAGGUGUGAAGGGGGUCUGUGAUUCUUCAGGUGAUUACAUUCUUCAGGAAGACCUUCAGGGAUAUUUACGCCACGUUAUGAAACUCUCCAAAGAACUACGAGCUUCUGAAAGUGUGGCGCCUGCAGGUGGUCUAAGUCCGCUCCUGGUGGACUCCACAGUCCUCAGACGUUCCCGGUACUGAGGGAUCUGUUUUUAAACCUUCAAGUGAUUCUUCAGUGUAAAUCUGUCCUUUAAAUGUCGAACACUAAUCGCUGCAGACUCGAAGGGUUGGUUGAAAGAGUGCAGGCGGUCCGGGACCGGCGGUCCGCUCGGACUCGUUCGCGUGAGUUGAAGUGGAUUCUGAUCUGCGACAGAUUCACGGUCGACUCACUUCAGCAGAGAAGCAAAUGUAAUCUGAUUUUACAGGAAACGAAACACUUUCUCUUUGUCAGAUCCUCAGUUCGGGAACAGUUUCAGGUUCGAGGAACUACAAAUAUUCAAAAUAAUGGAUUGUAAAACUAUUGAUGUUUUUGUAUUUUAGCACUUUUUGUACCUGAUAUUUGAUCAUGUUUUUAUACUAAACUUACAUUUUAGGAAAAAACCUGGCAUUUGCAUUUUGUGAAGAAAAGAAAAAGGUUAGUCUGAUAUUUCAGACGUUCUGUGUUUAAUAAUAAGUCUGCCGAACAUCUCACGAAGGAAAUACCUGAACGCUCGUUUCCAUAAUUAUCUUUAUUCUGAUCUGCGUACGUCGGUAAGACUACCGCCGGUACAGCUGCCAGCAUCUGGUCCUCGCCUCCUGCCGCCAUCUUUCCCGCUUCAGCUGCCUACAAAGCUCCGGUUGCCCUCCCACCACAGAACAGCCGCCGGCGAGCUCGCCAAACCUGUUUGAGUCAAACACCAGAUGACGGCGAGGACUCGAAGGCACCAAGAGAUUAAAGUGACCCUUCGAUCGGGUGCUGCAGGGCGUCGGCACGCUGUUAGACUCCGCUGCAGCGCCAGACGAGUAAACCAGCCUGUAAACUGACUCCCAUUGGUCCCCAGACCCGCCAGUCAAACUACUAACAAGCCAAUAACAGCGCGGCAGCGACGGCCUCCUUCCUGUUGGACCGUUGCAUGAUGGGAGCUUGCCUCGGUGCUCUUCGCGUCGAAGGCUGCUGCAGUGAUGUCAUUGUUGUUGAUCCUGUUGAUUGGUGGAUUCAGUCAUGUGACCAGGACUGAGUAGUCCGCCUCCGCCUCAGACCAGGUUCCUCCGUCUCUGGAGGAUCCUGGUCUUUGUAUUUUGCCAUGUUGUGGUGUGAACGCAGCUGCAGCUGGAUCAGCCUUUUAUAAAUCCACAUUAAUAAAUGAAAAUGUUAUUGGAUCUGUUAUUGAUAUUUAGGGGAAUGUCCAGGGGGCGGGGCGAGUCUCUGUCAGCCAAUCACAAUAAAGACGAACCGUCCUGCCCAAUGA